GGGAACAGGAAGUUUACGUCACUGACAGAAAUGUGACUGAAGGAAGAAAACACCACCAUGAUCAUGAGGAGAAUGUCAUUUAUUUAUGUCAUUUAGAAAGGAAAAUAACACAAAUACGCCCAGCUUUAUCUGAGCAAAAGGAUGAAUUGCAAUGUCGGAGCUGGAACUGAGGCAUCAGGAAGGGUAACGGUGCGUUGCUAAAUGGAGUCGGAGCAGCUCUACCACAGAGGCUACUGCAGGAACAGCUACAACAGCAUUGCCAGCGCCAGCAGUGACGAGGAGCUGCUGGAUGGGGCCGGCAUCAUCAUGGACUUCCACACCACCGAGGAUGACAACCUGCUCGAUGGGGACGCUGCCUCCCCAGGCUCUAACUAUGCCAUGUCUAAUGGGGGUGGGGCAGCCAGUAGUACCACCCAUCUGUUGGACUUUCUGGAGGAGCCCAUUCCAGGAGUGGGGACGUAUGACGACUUCCACACCAUCGACUGGGUCCGCGAGAAGUGCAAGGAUCGCGAGAGACACAGGAAGAUCAACAGCAAGAAAAAGGAGUCGGCAUGGGAGUUCACCAAGAGCCUGUACGACGCUUGGUCUGGGUGGCUGGUUGUGACGCUCACUGGCUUGGCAUCAGGUGCUUUGGCUGGGCUGAUUGACAUUGCUGCUGAUUGGAUGAAUGACCUGAAGGAGGGUGUUUGUCUGAGCGCCAUGUGGUUCAACCAUGAGCAGUGCUGCUGGACGUCCAAUGAGACUACCUUCGCUGAGAGGGACAAGUGUCCUCAGUGGAAGAGCUGGGCCGAACUGAUAUUGGGGCAGGCUGAGGGCCCCGGCUCUUACAUCAUGAACUACUUCAUGUACAUCUACUGGGCUCUGUCCUUUGCCUUCCUGGCCGUCUGUCUGGUCAAGGUGUUCGCUCCGUACGCCUGCGGUUCAGGAAUCCCUGAGAUCAAGACAAUCUUGAGUGGGUUCAUCAUCCGGGGCUACUUGGGUAAGUGGACCCUGAUGAUUAAAACCAUCACUUUGGUGCUGGCUGUGGCAUCUGGGCUCAGCCUGGGGAAGGAGGGCCCCCUGGUCCACGUGGCUUGCUGCUGUGGGAACAUCUUCUCCUAUCUAUUCCCAAAGUAUAGUAAGAAUGAAGCCAAGAAACGAGAGGUUCUGUCGGCUGCAUCGGCUGCUGGGGUCUCUGUAGCUUUUGGAGCACCAAUUGGAGGCGUUCUCUUUAGCUUGGAAGAGGUGAGCUACUACUUCCCUCUGAAGACUCUGUGGCGUUCAUUCUUCGCCGCCCUGGUGGCGGCCUUUGUGCUGCGCUCCAUCAACCCCUUCGGUAACAGCCGCCUGGUGCUGUUCUAUGUGGAGUACCACACUCCCUGGUACCUCUUUGAGCUCAUCCCCUUCAUCCUUCUGGGGGUAUUCGGAGGGCUCUGGGGUGCCUUCUUCAUCCGAGCCAACAUCGCCUGGUGCCGGAGACGCAAGUCCACACGCUUUGGGAAGUACCCAGUGCUGGAGGUGAUCCUGGUGGCAGCCAUAACAGCAGUGGUUGCUUUCCCAAACCCCUACACUCGUCAGAACACCAGCGAGCUGAUAAAGGAGUUGUUCACUGACUGCGGCCCGCUGGAGUCCUCCCAGCUCUGUAAGUACCGCAGCCAGAUGAACGGCAGCACAGCUUUCACGGACAACCCCAACCAGCCGGCGGGGCCAGGCGUCUACUCGGCCAUGUGGCAGCUCUGCCUGGCACUCAUCUUUAAAAUCAUCAUGACUAUAUUCACCUUCGGACUCAAGGUACCAUCAGGCUUGUUCAUCCCCAGCAUGGCUAUUGGAGCAAUCGCAGGGCGAAUUGUCGGCAUCGCCAUGGAGCAGCUUGCCUAUUACCACCACGACUGGUUCCUGUUCAAAGAGUGGUGUGAGGUCGGAGCCGACUGCAUCACUCCAGGCCUCUACGCCAUGGUGGGGGCUACAGCGUGCUUGGGUGGUGUGACACGUAUGACCGUCUCACUCGUGGUCAUUGUGUUCGAAUUGACCGGCGGCCUGGAAUACAUCGUCCCCCUCAUGGCCGCCGUCAUGACCAGCAAAUGGGUGGGCGACGCGUUUGGCCGCGAGGGAAUCUACGAGGCCCAUAUCCGCCUGAACGGAUACCCUUUUCUGGACGCUAAAGAGGAAUUCACACACACCACGCUGGCCAGAGACGUGAUGAGGCCCAGGAGCAGCGACCCUCCACUGGCGGUGCUGACGCAAGACGACUUGACAGUCGAGGAGUUGCAGGGCAUCAUCAAUGAAACCAGUUAUAAUGGUUUCCCGGUGAUCGUGUCCAAGGAAUCGCAGAGACUGGUGGGCUUUGCUCUGCGCAGGGACAUAACUAUUGCUAUAGAAAAUGCUCGCCGCAAGCAGGAGGGCAUCAUGUUCAACUCGAGGGUGUACUUCACCCAGCACGCACCCACCCUACCGGCCGACAGUCCCCGGCCCCUCAAGCUACGCUCCAUCCUGGACAUGAGCCCCUUCACCGUCACAGACCACACCCCCAUGGAGAUUGUGGUGGACAUUUUCAGAAAGCUGGGGCUGCGCCAGUGUCUGGUCACUCACAACGGGAAUGUGUUGGGCAUCAUCACAAAGAAGAAUAUAUUAGAGCAUCUGGAGGAGCUCAAGCAGCAGACGAAGCCCCUGGCGGCUUCUUGGUAUUAUCACAAAAAAAGAUAUCCUUCGUCACAUGGCUCAAAUGGCAAAUCAAGAUCCAGAGUCCAUUAUGUUCAACUGAUCCACUCCUUCCAGGACGGCUGGGGAGGGGGAGGAUGUAGCGAGGAGGAGGAUGAAGAAGAAGAGGAGGAAGAAGAGUGCCUCCUGAAUGGCUCCAAUCUCUGACAUCCGGACCCUUUCUUUUGUUAGUUUUUUAUUUAAUUUGCUGUUGAGCUCUGUGGGUCCUGAGCCUCACUGAACGACUCACUGUGGCCCCCAGAGACUUAUGGGCCAUCAGGAGGGAAAGAACGACAAUAAAGACAUUGAUAUUGCCGUUUGGCUGCUGAGGACACAGAAAAAGGUUACAUGUUGAAGGCACAUUUUACACAGUCAGUCUUUUGCACUCUCAAGACACCUCCUACAUGCAUGCUGUCUCUAAACACACACGAACAUGCUCCAACCUGUAACGUUACACCUGUUUGCACUUUUGCUGUGCCUACCCUCUUGAUCUAUUUCAGCUCAUGCUGCGGUGGGCAUCAUUGUCGGACUAGGGUCGAAAGGUCAGAAUGAACCACAGAUGAGGGACCUCAACACCUCCAGGCUCCUGUGACCUCACGCUCCCCCCUCAACAAAACACACAUCCACACCUCUGACCUGUCCGUCCUCCGGAAACAAAAAAACUCGUUUACCUGUGAAGUGUGAGUUAGUGUGUCUGCAGCGCCUCCACAUUCCAGCCAGGUUACGAUGGGAACUGCACAUCAAUCUAAAGUUGGCUUUAAUAUCUGUCUCCCUUUGUAUGCUUGGGUGUGUGUGAGUAAAACACCGAGGGAGGAACUGAGAUCGAGUUGGUUCUUUAUUUCAAGAACAAACAUGUUCUCGUUCAAAAGGAAUGAAGAGAGAAAAGUAAAACGUUUGGAUGUUUUCAUUUUUGAGCCAUUUGUUUGUGAGCCCAGUCCAUUUAUUAUGAAAGCAGGUCGAGUGUGUAGUGAAUGAUAAAAUGAAAAUUGAAAGAUGAAAUCUAUUCUCCAUCUUAUGGUCAAAAGGAACAUUCAGAACAUUGAUCUCAUCUUAAUCAAUGACUGCUUGAGGCACCAAGUGAUCAGUCUCAGUUGGUUGACGUUACAGUAGAAAAGAGAAAAUGAUGCUUCUUUACUUCUAGCAUUAAAUACAAGUGCAUCUCAAGAAAAUCCUCAAAAAGUGAAUUCAAAUAAUACCAGUAGUUCUAUUGAUUCAUUACACAAAGUGUGAUGUAUUUCUGACAGUCUUUCAGUUAAUUUAGAUAAUUAUGGCUUUCAGCUAAUGAAAAACAAAUUGUUUUUGAACAACCAACCAAAAAUAAUCACAGGAAACAAACGCUUCAAAUACAUGCCUCUGGGUGUCAUGAAUCUCUAUAAGAGCUUGACUGCAUUCCCAUCUGGGAACAUCGCUUUAAUCAGGAACAUUUGAGCUGUUUUAGCUCUUUCUACUAACUGAAUUUAUCCCUAGUUUGUUUUUGCUUAGUUUAAAUUUGGGUAUGUAAUGUAAAUAAUUUUACUCUGGCACGUCCAUACAAAAUUGGAGAUUUAACCGUUUCUGUUAAUACAGUUUAGGCAAAAAUAACGGGAUUUGAACAGAAACCGUUCCCUUAAGUCUGGUGCUCAGUGUGAUUAUCCUCUAGUCAAACUCUAAAGAAACUGGAGUAAAAGUAGCAGCUGAACGUCUGAAAACAGCGUCACCGUUUAGGUUUCAGCUCUUCUAAAUCUGAACGGGUUUCUGUUCUUACUCACAGCAGACGUUCCUCUGAUGAAGAUGGUCGGGUUUCACUUCCUUUUGUUUCGUUCUUUAUCCUCAGACAUCUGACAUUUCAGACGGAGCUUAUGAAGGGGGGAGAUUCAGAUGGAGAGCACAUUACCUGUAGAUUGAGUGGUGUGGGUGUGGGUGGGUGAGGGGUAGCUGUGGACCUCUGCAUUGCGGUGACUGUCUUCCUGCGGUUCAGCAGGGAGCAGAGCAUCAUCUUCAUCAACCAAUAGUGUUGUCUAACAUUGUAUUUCAUACCGAACCCAAUGUUUUUCUCCUUUAUUUUAUAAUUUAUGGGUAGCGUCAAUAUAGUUGUGAUUAUUAUUCUUCUGAAGAAUUUUAUGUAUGAUUACAUUGUUUGAUUGUACAUUAAGAACAGAGAAUAUGUAAAGAAAAUAUUGUUUUAAAUUAAAAGGAGAAAAUAUUGAAGUUGUACAGAUGAGCGCCGGUGUGAUCCUGUCUGCAGAUGAACCCCAUAAUUAAACACGUCUGGUCACUGAUGA